AUGCUGAAUAAAUAUGUUACUGCAGAGAAUAGUGGGGGUACAAAUGUGUUUGCAAACCGUGACAACCCAUCUGGUUGGGAAACUUUUAAGUUAUGGAGAGUGAAUGACACUUUCUUCAACCUGAAAGUUGUUAACAAACAGUUCGUUGGGAAGUCUAGCCAAGAAGGUAAUGCAAUAGCAGUAGCAACAAUCCCUGGUGAUACUGAAACCUUUGAAAUUAUAAGAAGUCCCAAUGAUCCAUCUAACGUUCACCUUAAAGCUUCCAAUGGCCAAUUUCUACAGGCAAAAUCGGGAUCUUCAGUGAUGAUAGAUUAUCAAGGCAGUACUGACUGGUCGGACCAAAAUCCAUAUGUAUUUGAUAUGACCGUUGUUUCCUUGUUACCAGGAGAAAAGCAAUUACAGGGAGAAUACCAAUUAACUAACGGAUAUGGCCCUGAGAAUGCUCCCCAAGUUAUGCAGAACCAUUGGAAGACUUAUAUUAAGGAAGAUUAUUUUGAAUUCAUGUCCCAAAAUGGGAUUAAUGCAGUUAGAAUUCCAGUAGGAUGGUGGAUCAUAUAUGAUCAGACACCACCAAAACCAUUUGUUGGAGGUUCACUUCAAGUUUUAGAUAAUGCUUUUAAUUGGGUUGAGAAACACAAUAUAAAGGUCAUAAUAGACCUUCACGCAGUUCCAGGAUCACAAAAUGGGCAUGAGCAUAGUGGAACUAGAGAUGGAUCUGCAGAGUGGGGAGAUUCCUACAUUGAAGAAACAGUUGAAGCCAUAGACUUCUUAACGAAAAGGUAUGCUAAUAAGCCAGGCCUUGUAGCAAUGCAACUUAUGAAUGAGCCUCAAGCACAACAUGUUCCUUUGAAUACGCUAAUCAAGUACUACCAAGCUGGUUAUUACAAAGUGAGGAAGUAUACUAGUACUGCCUACGCGAUCUUAUCAAAUAGAUUAGGUAAUGCAGUAAACACAGAGCUCCUUUUGUUUGCUCGAGGCCUUUCUCGCUCAGUUAUAGAUGUCCAUUACUACAAUCUCUUCUCGGACGAGUUUGAACAAUUUAAUGUACAACAGAACAUAGACUACAUAAAGAACCAACGGGCAUCAACACUUGAAGAAAUUACUCAAUCUAAUGGCCCCGUAACCUUUGUUGGAGAAUGGGUUAAUGAGUUUGCAAAUAGGGAGCCUAAAUCAAAACAAGAUUAUCAGAAGUUUGGCAAAGCCCAGUUAGAUAUGUAUGGCAAUGCAACCUUUGGAUGGGCAUAUUGGUCAUACAAGUGUAUACAUGAUCAUUGGAGUCUAAAGUAUAUGAUUGACAAGGGAAUCAUAAAGCUGAAGAAAGAUCAGUCUUGCGCUUGUGUGGUCCUUUAAUAGCAUGCUAAGUAAUUUCAUCAAUUGUCUUCAGCUUCUUGGCUGCGAGCAGAGAUAUUAUUGAUUGAGCAAUCAAUGAUGUAGAAUUUUAUUUGAAUCACAUAUAAAUAAAGCAAUCAUAUAAUAUG